AUGUCGGAAAUAAGUUCAAGGGCUUCGGAAUGGGCUAUAGACAUAAUCAAGUACCUCAAUGCCAACGAGUUACCCGAAGAUAUGUGGAAAGUGAAGAAGAUAAAAAAUAAGCCAACUCGCUUCAUAUUGACGGACAAGACUUUAUACAAGCGAGGUUAUUCCGUGCCCCUCCUAAGUUCAGAUAUUAAUCCCCCGGGGCACCAGCAGUCCAAUAUGCAGGUUGAGGCAACCAACAAGACUCUACUCAGGAUCCUUAAGAAGAAGCUCGACGACAAGAAGAGAACAUGGGCAGAAGAACUCCCAAGAGUCCUAUGGACUUACCGCACUACAAUCAGGACUUCGACAGGCGAGACCCAUUUCGCCCUCACCUAUGGACACGAAACGGUGGAUUCUAUAGGGAUGCCCACCCACAAAAUCCAGCAAUUCGAUCAAGACUCCAAUGGCGCAAGAUUAGAGGAAGAGCAAGACUUGCUAGAGGAAAGGAGAUUAGAAGCAGAGGUAAGAACAACUAUAAACAAGAAAAGGGCCAAACGCUGCUUCAACAAACGAGUCCGGUUGAGAUCUUUCAAAGUCAAAGACCUAAUGCUAAAGCAGGUCGGGAUAACCACCCGAGAUGAAGGGAAGCUAGGACCAAGAUGGGAAAGCCCAUACGUAGUCAUCGCCAACAACCGCCAAGGCUUAUAUAGACUUAAGGAUGAACAAGGGAGGGACCUACCACACCCACGGAAUGCUGAACACCUACAGAAAUUCUUUUGCUAG